AUAUUGCACAGCAGUCUACCGAGAGCCGUACAGCUUGCCUAAUUACCAUCUAGUUCAUCCUACGUAAUUCAAUCUGUCUACAAUGAAUAAGUUGGCCGCUACCACCAUUCUGAUACUACUGCUGGCAGUCCUGGAGUCGGUGGAAGGGCAGGUCCGCGGAUUAAUGUUGCCCCAGGACUUCCCGGAGGACGUGGAUCUGGCCACCAUCACACCCCAGACGGUGGACAUGGUGCUCGCCGACAGGGCCGCUGUGCUACAGCUCGUAGAGUGCUUCGAGAACGAGGCGAGGUGUCGGUCUCGCGGUGCCCUCUCCUUCGCUCGGCAAGUGCGUCGCCUGGGCAAGAGCGGCCGGUGUCACCGCUGUUCCCCGCGUCAGCAGCAGCACAUCAGCGUCAUCAUGCGCCGCACUGUCUCCGGUAUGCAGAGCAAACACCCGGCAGAAUGGCGGAGGAUUGUUCCCUACAUCAGAAACUUGUUGUGAUGGUCUUCGUGGGGUUAAUUUGAUGAAUUCUAUCUAUUUAAAGUACCGCUGAAACCAGCAGUCGCGGAGCAUACUACUAAUCGACGAUCUUGAUAGAAUUUUCUCAAUGCCAGUCUGAAUGUCAGACCCCUUGAACGAUUUGUCGACUUCGUUAAUGGGUUCAUUAGUUGAUUACGUCUGUUACAGGGACGUGUACAGUUAUUUUGCCUUAGUACUGCACUCAAUUUGCCGCUAGUAUAUAUCCGAAAACUGUGUUCGUACUAAAGUCGCUUCUAAUUUCGUAGUAACGCCCAUUCAUAAGAAAUGCACUGCGUACACUAAUUGAAUUUCCUGAACCCGCCUUCUGCUCGCGUUAAUCUUGAAUGAAAUUUUUCUAUAGGGUAAUUUUCUGUGGCAGAGUGAGGUUUUCGAACGAGCUUGUAGGCGUUAAUUAGGCUGCGUGACAUUUUGUUACCGGUUUCUAGUGAAGUUGCAUUUAUCUAGGCAGCUUUAACAUAGCUGUUGGUCCUUAUGAGCUCAAACGCAAGCCUUCAAUAUUUCUGCGGUGGAAAUGGUUCUUGUUGUUGACUAGCCUUGCGUUGCAGGAGCUCUCUUAUUUCUUCGCAUUUUCUUAAAUCCUUGACUUCGGCCGGCUGUUGAGUUUACCUUCAGUCUGUCUGUAAUUUAUUAAUGUUAAUUUUUAAUAAAAUGUAGAUCGUGAAA